UCUUUCUGUGUCUUUGAAAAAAAAACAAAAAUUACCAAAAUGGCUGAAGCUUCGUAUUCGCUGAUGGGAGGUAAGAACCUGACAGACACCUCGCCUACGUCCUAUUCGUCGUCUUCGGAAAUGAUGCAGAAUAACCUACAGCAGGAUGACCAACUGGACACUAGGACAGUGAUUGCUAGCGGACUUGUGGACCUGAUGCGGCCAGCUGUCACAGAAAUCGACAGCCGAGUGAAUGAAGUGAGAGAGAGUCAAGUGGAGUUGCGCCAGCAGAUCGACAGCCUAGCAAUUGACUUGAAGAAAAUCUCCGACAGUCAGCAGGUGCCCGUUGACCUGGAACCUUAUGUGAAGAAACUUAGUAAUGCUCGGCGCCGUGUGAUGUUGGUCAAUAACAUUCUACAAAAUGUACAGGAACGACUCAACAAACUCCACAACAAUGUCUCAAAAGAAACGGCACGUAGGAAGGCAUUACUUGAUCCACCCUCUCCUGGGAAACCAAAAUAGAAAAGGACCCAUAUAUUCUAUACAUGCACUCACACUCACACACAUCACACACAUGUAAAAUGCAAGAUUUUAUUUAUCUAUAUAUAUAUAUAUAUAUAUAUAUAUACACACACACACACACAUACGCAUAUAAAUAUAUAUUACAUACAUAUUACACACACACACACACAUGAGUGAAUGAACAAACAGAAGAAAGAAGCACUCAAUACAUCUGAUGAGAUAGAUGUCUCCAAUGUACCCAUGGAAGUUUGUCAUAUGGCACUGAGUCAGACUGUUACAAUGUGUGUAUGUAUGUAUAUAUAUAUAUAUAAUAUACAUAUAUACAUACAUAUGAAUAUUAUUACAAUACAAUGAUAUUACAUAUAUAUAUAUAUAUAUAUAUAUAUUUAAUAACCAAGGAUAAAAUCUAUAUAAGAUUUUAUCAAGUAAUAAACCAUACAGGUAACAAUUAAUACAAGUAUAUAUAAUUAUAAUAAUGAGGGCACUAAUGAAUAGCGUCACAUGCUAGAAAUAGAUGCCAAAUGGAUCUAAGAACUACAAUUAUUUACUCCAUUAGAACGGAUCUCAAUCCCUGCUCAUGGAAUAAAUAAUUGUAGUUCUUAGAGCCAUCUGGCAUCUAUUUCUAGCAUGUGGUGCUAUUCAUUAGUGCCCUCAUUAUUAUAAUUAUAUUUAUAUAAUUAUAUAUACUUAUAUAUGUGCAUGUCUGCAUGCACACACAUACACAAGUACGUACCUGCGUGUAUUAGAGAAGCUAAAAGCAUGAGUACUUAAUAGAAUUUGGAUCCAUAUCUCCGUAUUGAAUCCUCCAUGGAAUGUAAACAGGAGUUUUUUCAGCUUUCAUGUACACACUAACGAACACACAUUCAUCACACACUCUUUGAAUAUGCAUAAGUUGCUUUGUUUAAAUCUCAACAUAUAUCCAUCACUGCUUAAUCUUAGGCUAAUCACCAAAUGAGUAGAAUUUGCAUCGUGUAUGAAUGUAUGUGUGGCAGCUAAAGGGAAAGAGAUACCGAAAGAAAUAAGAAAGCCCUAUAGAGACAAGACCUUCAUCAAAUUAAUCCUUGAGUGAAACAAGGAGUGACUCAGUCAUUGAAGAGUCACUCAAACCAAACCUCAACAGUAUGGACUUCAUCAAGCUGUCCCUAUACUUCCACACAGAGCUUGUAAUGCAUAAGGCUAUUAUCUGUUUUUGUCAAACAUAAUGCUUAUUUAUUCACAUAAUUUUCAAUUAAUCAUGCACUAUCUUGUUGCUUCAGGAUUUCAACAAUGUUAUUGUUGACUUUCAGAAUGACAUUGCACGAUAGGUAUGAGAGGCUGGAUCCGCCCCAGUUUGAACAUAAAACACGUAGAAUAUUUUGGGCUGGAUAUGGCUGCUUUGAAUGCUUAAAAGGGUUAAAAGUGAUUUCUUUUGUGCUAUAAGCCCUUUACCAUUUCUGUGGUGCACCCUCUUUCCUUGAUGUUUUCAGCACAUGCUUAUUUUGCUUAAUAAAACAUGCAAAAUAUCUGAGCCAGAUUUGGCUAGUUUAAGUGCGAAAGGGUCAAGUUAGUUGUCAGAUUACUUUGUCAAGCGUAACACUUAUUUAUUCACACUCUUUAAAAUUAAUCAUGCUUUACCUUGUAACUUUGAGAUUUCGAUGAUGUGAUUGUUUAUUCUUAGAAUUACAUCGCUGGGGUCGGUGUUAGAGGCUGGAUCUGGCUGGUUUGAAUAAAAAAUAACAGAAUAUUUGGGUUGGAUACAGUCAUUUUAAAUGCUAAAAGGUUAAGGUUACAUACAGUAUUACCAUGGGAAUAGUUUAAAUAAAUUUGCAUGUGGUGAUGAAACAAAACAGUAUACAGAGUUUCAAUUCCCAGUUGGUCACUUCAGUGGCUUUUUUUCUCUUUAUGAAUGCUUUCCUUGUUGUUUUAUGCUAUAUGUGUAUAUAUAUAUACACACACUCACACAUAUAUUUGUAACCAGCCAAUCAACAUUUGGUGCUGUCCUAAAUUUGUUGCUAACUAUUGAAGAAACAGCUGCCUGCUUCUCCCCCUCCUCCCUUACACACCUCUAUGCUGUGAAUCUAGGCUCAUGCUGAUUGUGAACAUGUGAUGACUUGUUACAAAUUUAUUUUCUCUGAAGAUGUCCACAUGUAUGAUCGAACGAAAGCUUGCAUUUUACAAGUGUAAUCUGUAUUGGUUUUUGGCUUUUUAUUCAUGAACAUGCACACAGCCAUUUGCAACUCCAUUAAACUUUCUCUUUUUUGUUUUCUUAAAAUAAAAAUGGAAGUUUGUUUAAUAAACAUGUAUAUGUA